AUGUCUGGCAUCCAAGGUUCACAAAGCCGAUUCAGGCCUGGCAAGAUCCCACGAUAAACACAGAGGCAAAAGAUGGUGUUUUGAAACCAGGAACUAGCACCUCCUUUGAGGACAAUAAUUCUGAUCAUAAAAAUGAAGAUGUGGUUACAACCUUUCCCGAACCAUCAACCGAAGUUCCAGGCUUUUCUCAUCCUGCCUUCAAAGCACCGGAACCUCUCCCAUCUUCAGCAGUCUUUGGUGUUACAGAGGAAGAAGCAGCAAAGCCAAAAACUGGGGGAAAAGAGAACGGCACUCGGACUAUUAACAGUGUCCUAAAGGAGCAAGCAGAUCAUAACAAAUUGGUUUCUAUUGAUGGAGCACAUAAAAAUGACAAAGGUGGCGCAACCUCAGCAUUAGGAUUAGAAGAAAAGGAAGCUGUAGAACCAUCCUGGGACUCUGAGAUUCUACUGAAAUGCAUCCUAACUUGAAGCCUGCCGUUGGAGUGAAAGAUUCUGUUCCUAAUAAACCAGGAGGAAUGAAGAAUUUACAAACAUUCAAAUCAGACUGGGAUUCUACUAGUUUGAGACCCAAUAAUGUGCCUGGUCAAAGAGCUGAGCAUUUGGAAGUCAAUAAAAGUCCGUCGCUAUCACAAUCAGUGACCAAAGACCAGUCAGCACCCACAGAACUGAGGCAGACGGCCCUAGUAGAUAAAGACCAGAUGAAUAUUGGAGCCGUGUCUCUGUCAAAAAAUGCAGCGCUCCGUGGCCUGCGUGAAUCACAGCUGCCAGAGAACAGAAGCAGCAAAGAAGCAGACCUAGACUUAGAAAUGGCAUCGAAGGAAGAGCAAGAAGGACGUGAUGGAAGUGAAAACAACCAGUCACAGGAUAAAUAUGUUUUACAAGCAUGUACUGUGAAAGGAAAGAAAUCUGAAGGUCAAAUCAGGCAGAUCAAUCUUUCACCUGUGCAUCUGCAAAAAAUGCCUGGAGAACCAGGAAUGAAUAAGGAACAGGACAGAAAGGACGUACCUGUAUCUUCAAAACAUCCUUGUGUGGAGAAGCAUGAGGACAUGUGGGUCAAAAAAGGCAAAUUACACUGGAAAAUUAAUACAAAAUUUAUCACAAAGAAGUUAAAUCAGAAAGUCAGUAAAAUCCGUGAAAAAUGCAAAAUUACUGUUCAUCGUAAGACAGAGUCACUACAUGGCAACUCUGAACUACAUGGUGACUUAAAGGAACUACCUUCCAGUGUGACAAAGAAUAUAUGUGAUUCUGAGGAACAAGGUGCACCUGGAGCCUCCAUCUCUGUAGGAUUCCAGGCGUUCCCUCAACACGAAGAGCCCACUCUGGAAAGUGUUUCCCCAUCUUACUCCAAGGCUGAUUCAGCAAUGUAUGGCUGCCAGUCAUCUUCAAAACUUUAUUUAAAUGAAAAUAAGUUAACUGAAAAUGACACACAAGACACUGAACAUGUUUGUGACAAAAAUGAGGAGGGUUUCUUUACUGAUAGAGAAAAUGAAGUAAGGAACCGAGCUCGGCUGCUGCUGAAAGAAAACCAAGAAAUUGAUACGAAAAGAAAACAAAAAAGGAGCCAAAACACUCCCUGGAAAUCAGAGAUCAGACAUACACCUCUGGUUAAAGUAGAAGAGAACAGGAACAAAAGUGGUGAACUGGAAGGAUCAGAAACCAUGUGUGAUGGCAACUGUUAUAAAGGACGAACUCAGCGGAGGAAGAGGGGAGAAACUGAUGACCAGCAGUUACCUGCUCUGCAGAAAGAAAUUUCUGAUAGGUCUUCAAAGAAAACAUCUGCUAAAAAGGACAAGGUCAAAGAGCAGGUGAAUUCUGUGGGUGACCUCGAUGACUUAACUCUGUCACCGGAAACAGCUUCUGAGGACUGCGAGUCGCCUUACCCUAAUUAUAAGAACACCCUGAGGCUAAUCGAACGACUUGGCCUGGAGGGGAAAGAUUAUGCUACCUUAUUGAAAAUUCAGAAUGCAGUUCAUUCAUUCAGAAGCUUAAUAGAAUGUAAAGAAUCUGACUGUGAACUACUUAGAGGAAAAGUUAAAAAAAUGGAAAAUAAGGUUAACAAGCUACAAAAAGAGCUUUUGGAAACAAGACACAUGAAUUCACAGUUAGAACGUCAAAAUGUGGUGUGGGAACGAGAGCUCUGCAGUAUGAGGGAGAAACAAUACAAUGAACAGGUUUUCCAGAAACAACAACUUGAAAGCACUCUCCAACCACUAGAAUUUGAACUGAAGAGCAUAAGGAAUAAACCGAGUCAGGACACAAUGAAUUUUGAGGUGUCUGACCCAAAAGAUAACGGCGAGGUGCUUCCUCCGCAACUUCCUGAAGCUGAAAGUCAAUACCGUGGCCCAGAAAUUGAGCUACGUCCCAGGAGAGAUGCUCUUAGACCAGUGACGGUAUUAGAAUGUGUGCAUAGAGACCAAACCCAAGCCCAGUGUUCAAAGAAGGAAAUUGAACUCUUGUAUCGGCACAAACAAGGGAAAGUCAAUAAAUACGCUGCAAAGCAGGCAUUCUUGGAGGACAGAUUGUGUGAACUACAAAGUGAAAACAUGUUGCUUCGACAGCAACUGGAAGUUGCUCAAAAUGAAGCCAAAAGUAAAAAGACAAUUAAUAUCCGAGAGCCGUUUCCAGACCAUAUGAGUAAAGCCGCGCAUAAACAACUUCUGAUGCUGGAGGAAGGAAACAAGGAAUUAAUCAAUGACUGCAAAUGUGUAAAAGACAGAAUGUAUCAGUAUGAAACUGACAGAGCAGAAAUGCAAGCCUGUGUGAGACGGCUUCAACAAGAGCUGACUGACACCCGAAAGAAAGUGUUCAUGUUGGAAGCUUCCCUGGAGGUGACAACAGCACGUCAUCAGACUAAUGUAGAAAAUAAGACACAGGAUUUAGAGAGGAAAUUACAUCAAAUUGCAGACCAAAAUGCUGAUCUUACAGCAAAGCUGCAGUCGACAACUUCAGCCCUUCUCCAUCUGAGUGCAGAAACUCAGCUCCUUCUAAAAGAGCUAUUAUCUAUGAAAAGGAUGCAAAAGAAAUGUGAAACAUUAGAGGAGGAGAAAAAGAAGUUGGAAGAAGUAGUAAACCUCAAACAUCACCUAGAAGUGAACACAGUGGAACGCAGUCAAGUGGAGCAGUACAAACAGGAGAUUGAAGAGCGAGCAAGACGUGAUGUAGCCGAAAAAUUGACAGAACUCAGUCAAGUCGUGCAGUGCAAGAGGGAGGCUGAAGAGCGAGCAAAACAGGAUGUGGCAGGAAUGUUGAAAGAACUCAGCCAGUUUUUACAGACACAAGCAGCGUACGAAGAAAACUUGUUAAGAGAAUAUAAAAAUGCUUCAAUAAGUCAAAUGAAGCAUAAAAUUAAAUAUCUGGAAUCUGAACUGAAAAGUAAAACUUUUCAGUUAGAUGCUGAAAAAAAAGAACUGGAAAAAUACAGACAACUGUACCUCGAAGAGCCAGAAGAUAGAACAUCAUGGGCAAGUCAAUUACACUCGAUUAACGAGAGGCUGGUUGUGAUGAACACUAAACUUCAGAUGGCGGAAGAGUACAAGAGUUCUGUCCUCAAAACUGUUCCUACAAGGCCUGCUGAAAAAUUUCAUGAUAGCUCAGAGCACAAAUGGACUCUCACUCAAAGUACAAACUUCAGGAUUUUUUCAGAACCUUCAACUAGCAUGCACAAGAAGUUGGGAAAUAAUGCAGCUAGAGAAGUAAAAGAAGCUACUCCUAAACUUCAGUCUGAGUCCUACCGAACUCCUCGAGGAUCUUCAAAAGAGUCAAGAUUAAUUGACGAUAUGCUUUUGAACGCAUGUAAAGAAUAUGAGGAGGUUUUGAAGAGAAAGUAUCUGUUAUACGAUGUUACAGAGGAACAGUAAACAUUUACCUGCUGGGCUGCUUGGGAGAGUUUCAUCUGGAACCAGGCUGUCCUGUCAUUGAUCUGAACUGGCUUUCUGGAGAAUUAGGUUGUGCCUCUGUGAUCUUGCUGUGUACCCCGUGCUGGAAGCUUCUCUCCCUUCCUGGUGGGUAUACACUUCUCAUUUCCUCGGCCUUCUGUUCAUGAUUUGUGGAUCAGAUAGAGGAUGAUGUUGGCUCCAUCUGGAAAGUGGCUCAGCCAGUCUUUGAGAAGACACACUGGGGGCCUGGAAAUAGUGCUCUGGACACAGACUGAUAGGGAAGAGAAGAAGGAUCUGGACUCUUAGAAAGUGAAAUCAAAUUUCAGCCUGAAGUGGUUUGCGUCAGAGAUGAACAAUUGUCAUUCACACAGAGAUCUAGUUGAAGGCAGGCACUGCCAAUCUUUCUUGAUCUCAAAUACCUCCCCCAGAGGCCUG